CCCUAAAAUUGGUACUCGGCUUUAGUCUAAAACCCAAGGCUGAACAUAGGAUCCAUACUUUUCGUACGGGCACUUGCCAAAUCAUUACGUGUCCCUAUGUUUGUAAACAAGGUUUAGACAAGAUUUAGGAAGCGUAUAUCAAAUCUAUUUCGCAAGCAGUAACAGUAUUUACAGUAGCAACAAUGGCAGAUGGGUUUGACCCCUGCGAAUGUGUAUGGAGCCAUGAAAAUGCCAUGCAGAGAUUGAUGAAUCUGCUGAGGAAUUCACAAGAUGCCUGCACAGAUACACAAUGCUUCAACGAAUUACCAGGAGGGGACCAAGCACCUGAUGGUGGGUUUAACACAAUGAUGUUGAUGUUGUUCGGUUGGCUAGUCAUGGCAACAGCUCUCUUCCUGUUCAGACCACGAAAUUUGCGUAACCUUGGUGACACAAAACCUGCAAACAAUGAUCCUGGAAAUCCACCUCCACCUUCCCCAGGGGUGCACUAAACAGGCGGCCAUAACAGACGAAGCAAAAAUUGUGGGAAAAAAAUAAAUCUCCUUUAUUCUAGACAAUGUUAUGUGAUAUAAAAAAAAGAAAAAUCAUCAAAUUUUAAAAUUUACAGAACUCAGUUUUAAAACAAUAUUUAUAUACAGAAAUUCACACCAUCUUUUACUUGAGUCUAAAAAAUUGCUUAAGAAAUGAAAAAAAAAAAAAAUUGUCAGAAAUAAAGGAUAUUUUAAUUUGGUGAAAAAAGUAACAACUUGAAAUAGAAAUGAUUGUAUCAUAUCAAAUGUUAUAAUUCUUUGAACUAUUUGUGAAAUUUUUAUGUUGCAAGCAUUUCUAAUUAAAGUUCUUUUGUUGAUAAUUAUACUUGUUGACUGCAUGUUUUUUUUUAUAAUUUAAUAAGACUUAUAAUCAUACUAAAACUUUAAAACUGUAGGUAAAUAAAAUCAUGAUAAUGUAUUGAGAAGGUAUAAAAAUAGUUUCAUUUUGACAAAAUAUUAGAUUAUAGAAAAACAAAAGAUUGAAAUAGGAAAAGAAAAGAAUAAAGUUUAUUUCAUUAAAAAAAAAUUCAGUUUAUAUCUGAUGUGUCAUGAUAUUUAAAUAGAUAAAAAAAGACAACCAGUCAAACAGUGAAAAAUAACCAGACUAAUUAUUCAAAAGGCAACCAGUCAAAAAGUGAAAAAAAUAACCGGUUUAAAUAAUGCAAUAAUACAACCAGUCCAAAAGUGAAAAAUAACUAGUCUAAAUAAUAAAAAAGAUAAGUCGAAAAGUGAAAAAUAACCAGUCUAAUAAUACAAAAAGACAGCCAGUCAAAAAGUGAAAAAUAACCAGUCUAAAUAAUGGCUAGACUGGAAAUGUUAUCCUUAAGGCUCUUAUUUGAAACUAAUUAACAGUAAAUAUACUUUCCAUUCAGAUGAUUAGCUAGAAAAUUAAAAAUAAAAUCACAAUUCUAUGGGAUAUUGUAUAUCAUUGGGAUAUACUGGUUAUCAUUUGUCAUUUUCUAUUUCUGGAACUAAGGGAGGUAAUUAGUUCUGGUUGAUUGUUACGAGGAAUGAAAUAGUGUCCUCCCUUGUUGUUAUGUUUGAAAGUUUGCUGAAUGAUAUUGUUUCCCUUUUUAACUGUGAUUUCUGUCAAUGUGCAAUUGAUAUGUUUUUGGGAAGUUUGGUUACCAUGGUACCAAAUUUUGUUUGUUGUAAAUAUUUUAAUCUGCUUUACCCAUUUAUUAUUUCUUUUGGAUAAAUAUUACUAUAUUUCUUUUUUUGCUAAAAGUUUGUUAUAGCUAAUGGUAGAGGCAUUAAAGCUUACAUAUAUGCUGAGAAAAAGUGCUUUAGUAAAUUUUCUAGAAUUAUUCCCUUAUGUUUAUUUUGUUUGUAAGUUUUUUUAAUGGCAUAAUGUUUAGAUAUUUCUUUCCUUUUUCGUGUUUUGCCUAAGCUUGAGUCAAAGUUGCCUUUUAUUUGAGAGUGUGACAUUUGACCUUAAAAGUAUAACCUCUGACCUCCAGACUUUAAUAUCUGAGUUUCAAAACACAAAUUCUGAUCUUCAAAUAAUGAUUUUUUUUAACAACUGACCUUCAAAGUGUAACCUUUCACCACUGUGACCUUCAAAUUAUAACAUAUUACCUUCAGAGUCUAACCUCUGACCUUUUACUGUAUGAAUAUGUAAAUGAGGGGAUUUAUUUUGGAACUACUUUUUUUCUCACUUUAUGGGUUAAUGAUUGUAUCACAUGUACAUUUGCAUUUUGCUUUUUGCUUUUUAGGGGUUGAAAAUAUAAAAUAAGGCUUUAUAUUUCAUUCAUUGAUUGCAUAACAAUAUAAUUUUAUAUGCAUCACUUGUGGUUAAAAUUUUGAAUCAUAAAAGCUUCAUUGUUUGCAUGUGUGCAUAGAAAUUUCUGGGAGCAUUGAAAACCAGUAUAAUAAAUCAUGACCUUUUUGAAAAAUCAUUAAACUAAAGUCUACUUUUAUUACAGGCAGAUUUCAUUUCAAUAGGCUAUGAAUUAUUCAUUUGAAAGUUAUACCUGCAUAGUUAAUUAAACAUUUGAAUUUCAAAGUUUGUUUUACACAUCGUUAACAAUGAAUAGAUAAAUUAGUUAAAACAUUUGCUUCAUAAAACACAUUAUGGGAUUGUUGGUUUUUGUUGAGAACAUUUUUAGUUGACUGCAUUUCAAAUUAAUUGACGUUCUCUUCUACUAUCAAAUGGCAUGUUGCACAGUAUUUUUUUCAGCUGGAAAAAGUUCCUGUUUCUACACCUUUAUAAAUUACUUUUCUCUUUUUUUCUUUACAUACAGUCCAUCUUGCUGUAAUAUAGUAUAUUUUGACAUUUACAAUAUACAAAUUAUAACAAUAUGUGAUAUCACUCUUGAAAUGUUUGUCCUAAAAAAUUUUAUUAAUAUGUUGACAAAGUUUCAACACAUGGUGGUAUGGUGGUUUCAUGAUGACAUUUGAAAUAAAAUUCAUACAUACUAUUUAUGAUAUUACAGAAGUUGUUCAAAAAGGAAGGGGACUUAUAGUAUUGCAUCUUCAUAAUACAUAAAAUUUAGAAUAUUUUAAACCAUCCUUGCACAAAGUAAGUUUAUGUCCAGACAUGUUGGUAGGUUUUUUGAUGUAAAAAAAGUUUAUUAUAAGCACAAAUGAUACCAAACUUUUGUAUACCCUCAUGGCAGGUAUUCAUGUAAGAUAAGACUUUCAGUAGAGUUUUGUUAUUAAAGGUGUUACAAGGGUCUUAUCUUAACAACUUUAGCUUGAUCUUAAUAACAAAAAAAAUCCAGUGAAGAAUUAAAUCUAAAUACUUUACUUGUAUCAAUGCAGAGUGGGCUAUUUCUUUUGAUAUUACUUUUUUUGUUGUUAUUUAUACUGUUGUUUCCAUGGUUUGUUGUUACAGUCCAACCCCGGUUAUUCGACAACCCUUUAUUCGAAUACCCGGCAUUAUCCGAAGUAGGUCGGCGGUCCCGUUUUUAUCUCUAUUAAAAAUCAAUAUAAAUACGAGCGUAUUAUUCGAAAUGCAUUAUCCGAAUACCUCCUAUUUUUCGAAGUAAAAUUUCGGUCCCGAUUUUACAAUUAUGAAAAAAUUUCACACCUAUUAUUCGAAUCCAGCCUAAUUAUUAUUCGAAGCCAGACUUAUUGGCGCAGAUCCACUCGCUGACCGGUCAACUUGUGAAAAAUAUCAACAGUCAUGCGUGUAAUUAGACAAUCAUGAUAAUAACUCUUUGUGUUUACCGAAAAUGAAAAGCAAUGCACCGUGUCCGAUUUUGUUACUGUUAUUGCCUGAAGAUGAUAGCAAUAAUUUUCUAUAUAUAAGUUUGUCAAGACAUCCAAAACAUUUUUUUCAUUAAUUGUAACGCUACAUGAGAGCCUCUAUCCUAAUCCAAAAUACCAGAGUUUAGCUGUAAAAACCGGCCAUUAUCAAGGCUUUGCGCGAAACGAAACGAUACAUAAUGUAGAAUAAAAUGCAAUUAUUUAUGUCUUCAAUGUCAAUACAAUAAUUUUUACGCAUCUUUUCUUAAAUAUUUAUUUUUCUCAAUUGAUUACAGGAAGUAAGUGUGUUGUAAAAGGUAGUUUUGCUAUGAUUGGAGUAGUUUUCGUCUAUCACAAUAUUCCGAUUUCGAUUAUUCGAACCCAUCGAUUAUUCGAAGUAAAUAUUCAGUCCCAGGCACUUCGAAUAAACGGGGUUGGACUGUACUUUCUAAUGGUGUUAUAGAAUUUGCUUUCUUACGCUUUGUAACAUAUAUUUUGAAAUAAACAGACGUGGCUUUCAAAACAUUGCGUGUAACUCUGAUUUUGAAGAUUUGCAACAUAAGUAUGUUGAAAUACACUUAAGUGAAAUUAGGAACGUUGAUGUAAAGUUAUAAUUAUGUUUACUAUUUGUUUUCGAUAGAUAUGUUGUUUUUUUCUUCCUCUGUAAAUAGUUGGUUUUGUAAUAGUGAGUACUCUGAACGUUGUGUUUUUUAUUAAGUUAAAAAGUAGACAGAUAGUAAAAGCAGAACUUUUACAACAGUUUUCAUGACUUUAGUAUAAUAUUGAUUACAUCAACAUGUUCUGUCCAAUCCCUAACAGUUAAGUACACAGCAUUGCAUUUGUUGUUUUUUCGGUGAACAAUUGCCUUACAAAAAAAUCUGUGACAACAAAAUUAUACUGUUUUACUGUUAAUUUUGAAAAUUUGACGAUAUUCAUUGGACAACACUACAUGUUAUAUUAAUGGAAAUUUUUAAAGUAUUAAUUUCAAAGUAUGAUAUUACUCUUUAAGACAACACCUCAUUUUCUUUUCUGCUUCUUGGCAAUUAACUGCACAAUUGUAAUCUUUAUAUACAUAUAUAAGUAUCUAUCUACCUAAUAAGUUUAAUCUUUUAUUAUGAAGUUAACCUAUUAAUAUAUGAUAUAUAUAAAUACUCUCAAGGAAUAGUAUUUUCUUGAAAGAAAAAAAUCUGUACCUUUUUAAUGUAUAAAAAAAUUAAGUUUUGAAGUUUUUUUGUUUUGUUUUCACUAAUAAAAAUCCCAUUGUUGAAAAUGAUUCCAAGGGAGGUAACAACAACACAGUUCAUUGACUUGAAGCCGGAGAAGAAUUUUUCAUAUCUUAUUUUUGGUCUGGCACAUUUUUAUGUAAUUUAAUACAUUAAAAAAAAUCAUUGGAAAUAAAGGGAUCAUACUGUA